AUGUCUGGAGGUUUUUACAAGUAUCGUUGCAAAUAUUUUUAUACCCACAAUUGCCAGAACUGGGCCGAAGGACGGGACGAUGAGACGGCUCCUACUUCAGGAUGGAUGAUGUCCCGAGACAUCGCCGUGCCUUGUGUGCAGGAUGGUGUUCUGCAGUACGCAUUGAUGGAGCUUGUGGCUCCCGCUGUUGCGGGAGAGGAGUGGUAUCUCGGAGACAAGACUUCUCGAAUUGACCCGGCAGGCCCAGCAAAUGAUGCUAUCUCAGCACCAGCUGGAAAUACUUCCACUGAGAAUUGGACCAUCCGAGAUAAAGCUGCCCGCCCGCCGCCAGCUGUUCCGGUCACGAGUGCCAUGCCCGAAGUCCCUGGCCUGGUGUCAUCCGGGGAGUAG